GACAAACCAUUGUCAGCUUCAGUUCAGAGGAGCAGAUAAGUCAGAGGUGGUAAAGGAAAUGAGAAGCAGGCUGACAGAAAGGCAGAGCUGAUAAGAAUUUAUGCUAUUUUGGAAUCUGGGCACCUGGAAACACAGAAGCUAUGAAACAACAGGUCAUAGUUUGCCUCCUGCUGCAGCUCACUUUUGAGCUCGCCUCAUGCAUGCGUAUCCGGACUUCUCAAGGUUCCAUGGUGGAGCUGCCCUGUUACUCAUCCGAAACUGACAUCCCUGGUGCAAACAUCACCUGGAAAUUUAAUGGACAAAACAUAGGUGCUACUCCUCAGUCACCUGGCUCUGCAAAAGCUGUAAAGAAUGAUUUUUACAUCUCUAUAUCUCCUGUAACUGCUGCCAGCGAGGGCGAGUAUGUGUGUCUGGCAGUGUGGGAACAAGGGGAGGUGACGACAACUUACAGCAUCACAGUUGAGUCCUUUCACACGACUGUUAAGGUGCUUAAGGACUCUGUUGCGCUGCUACCAUGCUACUUACCAUCUUCCAGCGGAGCCAUUCCUAAUGCACUGUGGUUCAAAGAAACCAGUGCUGGUAAAAAAACAAGACUAAACACAGAAGAGGACCUUACAACAGAUGGAAAAAUUGAACUGCUUUCACCAAAUGAACAGGAUCAGACGAUCAAGAUCGAAAACGUUGGAAUGGGGGAUGCUGGAGUUUAUAUCUGUGAAUCUGUUCAGGGGGAAAGGCUCAACUCUUUACAGCUCGAAGUUGAAGCUCCUCCCACGUCUGCUUCGCUGUCAUGCAAAGACCCAGUCGAAGAGCUGGAGCCCUGCCUGGAGGAGAACAGCCGCACAGCCCAACCCAUACUGCAAGAAUCUAUGACAGAGUUUUCAAUGAAGCUGUAUUCCUACCUCAAAGAAGAGAAUCCUUCAAGCAACUUACUCUUCUCACCAGUCAGCAUCAGCGCCAUGCUCUCCCACCUGCUGUUAGGUGCCAGCGUUACAACCCGCGAUGCUCUUAAGAGAGCGAUCUGUGUGCCUCACAACUUCCACUGCGUUCACUCCCAGAUGAAGAAGCAGAAACAGAACAUGGGGCAGUCCUUGCAGAUGGCUUCCCAGAUCUUCUAUAACCCACAAAUGAAUCUGAGUGAGUCCUUCAGCAGCCUAUCUGCUGAGUAUUAUGGAGCAGAACCUACGAAGCUGCUGGAGUCCAGCGAGGAAAAUACACGGAUGAUUAACAGCUGGGUGGCAAACAAGACCAACAACAAGAUUACAAAUCUAGUCAAUGAAGUAUCACCAAGUGCUCAACUGAUCCUCCUCAAUGCUGUAUCAUUUAGUGGUGUGUGGAUGUUUAAGUUUAAUGACAGAUCAAAAAAAGGAUUUUUCACAAAACACAAUGGGGAUAUGGUAACGGUGCCUCUCCUCCACAAUUCGAAAUACAUGGCGACUAUGAUGUAUGUUCUCGAGCUAAAGGCACAGGUGGCGAGGUUUGCUCUCACAGGUGAAAACAGUCUCUACGUCCUGCUGCCAACUACCAACGAACUGUCUGACCUGCAGCAGGUAGAAGAGAGGAUGACGGAUGGGAAUGUGCGUAGAAUGAUAGAGCAACUAAAGGCAGCCUCUCCCCAGAAAAUGGAGGUCACUCUGCCCAAAAUCAAGCUGGAUGCGGAGCCAAACAUGAACUUGCUCAUUAAGAAAUUAGGCUUGUCAUCACUUUUUUGGGGGGGCAGCCUGUGUGGCAUCUCCACAGACAGUGAUCUGGUUCUGGACGAGGCCAAGCACAAAGCCUUCCUCGCCCUGACUGAAAGAGGAGUUGAGGCCGGUGCUGUUACCAGCAUGUCGUUCUCUCGCUCCUUCCCUAACUUCAGUGCCCUACGGCCUUUCAUCAUGCUGCUGUGGAGCGACCAGGCUGACGUGCCGCUCUUUAUUGGCAAAGUGAUGGAGCCAUAAGAUGCAGAAAGGGAGAGGCAAAUGAGCAGAAAACAAAUGAUUAAUGGAGUCUGCCUGUCAAAGAGUUGAAUGUAAAUCAAGCAAGAUAGCACCAGUUCAUUUUCUGAAACUUGAUGCAGUUUGCAAUACCUUUUUAAAAAGUGCAUUUAAUUUUUUAUGAGGUGCACUCAUAACAAAUAAAUGAAAAAAAUAUACAA